AUGAACUCUUUCGCCGACCUGAAGGCGAACAACAACGCGAGCGCAGAUGGAAACCGCACUGUUUCGAUGAGUUCAAAAGAAUUCGAAAAAUCUGGUUCGGACGAAGAUUUAACCCGAAUGCUGUCGAUGGUGGCACUACCGAAAUCCGGAACCAGUUCUGGAGCACCAGUACAAACAAGCCUUCAACCGUCGAUGACGAUCGGAAAAGAUAAAAUCGUCUGUGGAUCAUGCAAUGGCUGUUUUUACAUUUCGGAACUUGCUGAGUUUCUAGCACACAAACGAAACUGUGGAUCUUCUUCUGAAAACGCGAAAAAGGCCGACAACUCAACGGGUUCUUCCAGUGAUCUGACGCCUUCGGGCAGCGAAAACCAGUCAGUUUCUUCUCCUCAACCAGCAAUAAAAAUUGAAGAAGAAGAGUCGAUCAAGCUCGAAAAGCUCGAAAAUGACAAGGAAGCAAAGUCGCCAAUCCAAUCUGAACAACAGGAAGAGUCCCAAAAUGAUGUCACGGUCGACGUAGACGAAGAAAAUCCCAAUGAUGAUGAAGACGUAGAGGCUGAUGUUGAAGAAGUGUCGACUGAUGGCGAAAGAUUACAGUUGUCCUCUCCUGUUUUGCGCAACGAGCUCAACUCAGAAGGGGCUCAAUCUCGAUGCUCAAGAUCGGAUUCUGAUGUAAAGUCUCUCUCAUCAGAGAACCAACUGAAGCGUAAAUACUCGCACACAAUCGCUGAUAUCAUUCCGGACAAGACCGCUCGACGGGACGAUUCCUCUUCGGACGUCGAGGAGAUCGCUUCCACGCCGCCGAAUUCCCGACUAGCGACCAGUUCUUACCCGUGGCCUAAUACUGCUUUUCAACCUACUAUUCGAGGGCAGAAUCUGAAUGGUAUUCCUGGUUUAGCAGCGCAUCAAGCAGUCAACCCAGGACUGAUGGAAGCAAUAACGCGGGCAAGACAGGGUGUUCCAACUAUUCCGUCACAAGUAAACCCCCUUGGCUUGGCUUUACGAGUUCAGCAGCAACUCCAGGCAAACGCUCUCUACAACAUGCUCAGACAACAGCAUCAAGUGAAGAGUCUUCAAAACCUUCGACAACAUCAUCCUACUGGAAUCAACCCUCGAAUAAAUGCACCACCACUUCAAUUCCCGCCCCCUCAAUCUCAAGCUCGCAGGCGACCAAAUGGCCACAAGAAUGAUCGAUGCGAAUACUGUGGAAAGGUCUUCAAAAACACGUCAAAUUUGACCGUUCAUAGAAGGAUGCACACAGGAGAGAGGCCCUAUAAAUGCAAACUAUGCGAUUACGCUUGCGCACAGAGCUCAAAGCUUACGCGUCACAUGAAAACCCAUGGUUCGUCACGAGAGCACCAACAUAAAUGCGAGAUCUGUGGCGUUCCCUUUGCUGUUUUCUCGACGCUCGAAAAGCACAUGAAAAAGGAACAUGCUGACCAGCUCAACGAGCGAAUGCAUGGGCAUUUUCUGACGAGUGCUCAAAAUGGAAGCCCUUCGAAAUAG